AUGUCCCAAGUCAAGGAGAGUGAACGUGGAUGGAGAUGGGAAAGGAGCGAAAGGUUCAAGAUCAGCCACAAGCUCGUUUGGAUGCCGCAGCCUGUUGGAAUGUACAGCUGGGAGGAGGAGGACGAGCGCGGGGUCUCUAUCACUAUCCCGAUCGGUUUUCCUUUCACAUCCAAAGACGUUGAUGUCAAGGUGUCAAGCACUUGGAUCCGAGCUGGAUUGAAGAAGAAACCUCCUAUCCUAUCGGGGAAACUUUUCCAGCCAGUGUCGAGCGAUUCAGUAUGGCAGAUUGAGAAGGCCGAACAGUCUAUCACCAUCCAUCUUGAGAAGGAAUACGAAAACUCCUGGCCGAUACUGAUCGUUGGUCCUGGGCCAUCUCCUGCGGACAAGCUUGACCCGCAGUCUCUGCACAACAUCGGUGUUUCCUUGGAGGGCGGGAGAGGCUACCUCAUGAAUCUCAACGAUAGCGACGCUCUCAAGUAUUACACAGAGGCGGCCGAAAUGGACUUUGUCCCUUCUCUCAUGAGGCUUGCGGAAGCCAGUUUACCGGAGCAGAAGAUCCCAGUCGACUUCACUUCCGUCUCUCUCAGCAAUUCGAUCGCAGGGUUGAGCGCAGAUCCAGAUCGAGCGAUGGAAUUCUACAAGAAGGCAGCGAACUUGGGCUAUGCAGAUGCGCAGGCUCAGGUUGCCUUCGCGUAUCACUCGCCGUCGCUCUUCGGAGCCAAUUGGCCAGCAGAUGUGAACUUGGCUCGUGAAUGGGCCCAGAAAGCCGCGGACAACGGCAGUGCGAAUGGAUACUUCGUGCUAGGAAGCAUCGAGUCGAGCCUAGGGAAGGCAGACAAGGCUGUGGAAUACUUCAAGAGAGCGGGAGAUCAUCAUGCCCCUGCCCUUCACAACUUGGCAUGGUAUCAGGUAGAUGCAUUCAAGCGUCUUCGUCGGAAAGACUUUGACUUGUUGGACAAGCUCAAAGGUCAGGGAGGGCUGAAACCAGACAGAGCAGAGGCCAUGAAGCUUUUCGAGAAGGCCAAUCGCAUCAAACCAAGGUGGUUGCGUUUUACUGUGCAAGCUUCUGCCUUACGGUAUCUUUGCGAUAGCUUCGUCAUCCCAUCCAAGUCCGAGAUCGAUAGCUUCCUGGGGGUCGACACGUCGCAACCGUCUGCCCCGCGGGAUUCUUCGCCACCAAAAGCAGCAUUGGCGGCAAAAUCAGACCCGUCCAAACCUGAUCCGAUGCAAUCCUCAAAGGCUCAGCCGCAGGCCAAGAAGGAUGUCGCCUCACUUCCUUCAAGUUCCUUCAUCACGUGGGAUCAUGUGGGAAUCUUGCUGGGAGCUGCUGCCGUUGUCGUCCUGUACAGAUAUUGGCGAUCAGCCAAGUGA